CUGCCGCGGGAGGGCGCCGCCGACGCCCGUCGCGUUCCUAUAUCACGCACGUGCUUGCUACUACAACGUUAUCGUGUAUCGGUGUGAGUGACUGCCCGUUGAAUUAUUCCGUGUCAAUACGCCUCCGCCUCUGCCGGUGCGAUGCGUGUCUAGCAUACGUAUCGCACGAUUGGUUGUCGUGUGUAAAUGAAUAUGUUUGUUCUUGGGCAUUAUUGUUGUUCCCGAGGGAUCGGCGGCGAUUGAUAUCGCUCACGGAUGUGUUCAACGUUCGACAAUGGGAUAACCGCACUUUUUGGGAUGUCGCUCAAAAUUAAAAAGCGAUGGUUCUGACUGACUCUUUAUUGUGAAAGAUGAAGGAAUAGAACAGUGUGACAAAAUGGAUGACAGUUCACCGGACUUGUCGCUGAAAUUGCGACGAGGGUCCAGCGACUCUCGCGAGUCGUUUUACAUGGACUUCGCGCAAGGUAUCGACUCGGACAUCGAAGAGGUGACGACGAUUGAGCGUGUGAUUCCUGAGCAUCCGGGAGGGAGGACGGAGGGUGAUGCCGACACUCUGGCGACGCCGUCUGGUCUAGAGGAGAACAAGGAGUUGGGACAAUGUUGCUACUCUAUUCCAGCGAACAACAUGUCGGGUGGAUCUCACGUCUCCCGCGCCACGUUUGGGGGCGCAGACUCUGAGAUCUCUGGUGGUAGUGCCCCGCCCUUACCGAGUCCAGCGUCUGCGGGGGCUGCGCUGGUGUCUCCAGAGACACUGAGCCGCCACAGCAGCCCUCCACCGCUACCACCACACCCUUCGCAUCAACAACCAGCACCGUCUUGUUCUUCCCAUAGGGUGCACCUGGAGUCCCCUUUGAGAUUAUCGAGUCCUCCAUCGAUGUCCCUGGGUGGUUCGCUGUCUCUCCAGCCAGUGCUGUACGGGCCGGGCGGACCAUCGCACGCACCAUUGCCCCCGUCCAGACGCCUGUCCCGACCAUCUGCAGCUAUACAACAUAUGCAUGUGAUUAGCGCAAGCGACGCGUUAGCCACAACACUGUCGGCUCUCUACGGGAAGCUGCUCGUUGUUAUGGGCAUCGCCUUCCCCAUGGCUGAGGUCAUCUCCACCUACAUUCCACCCUCAUUCUAUGAGGGUUUCUACCUAUACCUGUACAUCGGCAGUAUGGUGUUCCUCCUAUACAUGUAUGCAGCCCUCGCGAGGGACAGGUCAAGGUCAUCAGCUCCAGACACUACAGUUGUUGCAAAAUCAGACUCAAGUUCAUCUCCAUCGGAGUCUGACUCCUGUUCAUCUCGCACGGAGCGGAGCACGGCCACGGCAGCCCACAUACCUCCACACCUGGCUGCCAAACGACUGUCUUUGGGCUUCGCGCUGGCCUCACGCACACAUCACUACGGGAGUUUCUAUUUGAGGAUGGGGGCCGUUGCAUUCGGUAUCGGUUCCAUGAUCUACUCAGGUCUGGAGUUUGGUCAGUAUUGGGAGUUGGAGAGGAACACCAAUUGCCAUAACGUUCUGUUGGCCCUAACACCGGCCACCAGGAUGGCAUUUAUCUUUAUACAGAUGUACUUCAUCUUUCUUAAUAACGAGAUGAAAGUGUACAAGCAUAAGAUUGUAGCCCGGUUUGGCCUGAUGCAUAUGGUUGGAACCAACCUCAGUGUUUGGCUCAACGUACUGGUUCAAGAAACGAAACACGAAAUCCUAACUUUCUACGAUCCGGAGAACAAAACUAUUGGACUGUCACAUCGACUUGCGUUCCAAAAGGCGUUUGCGUCGUUGACAACCGACGUGCCCCCAUCUCAUCCAGCCGCUGCCCACCUUCGCGUCCCAAGAGGUCUCAAAGGCCCUCACCACAUCUUCGAGUGCCGUCGAACAAACAUUAUGGGAUCCCUCGUCCAGGAUGCAUCUCCAUUCCUCUUCCCUUGUACCAUCGAAUACUCUCUCAUCUGCGCUGCUAUUCUUUACGUCAUGUGGAAGAACAUUUCCAAAUACCCAUCGAAAGACGUUGCGGCAGCUAUAGUCAAAGCUCGUAUACUAGAAGGUCUCGCCUACAAAAAAUCCCCACAUUUGUACAGCGUCGACUGUGCACGAGCUCACAAAGGCCUCUUCUUCGGAAUCCUAGUUUUGGUACUAACUAUAAUAUCAUUGAUACUCUUCUUUGUUUUGGUGUCAAAGAAAGAUUAUGCGACCCUCGCAGUAGUUGAAGUCAACGUUUGUGAGUUAGCAUUGUAUGCUAUGACAACAUUUGCUAGUUUAGCGGGAAUGGUCUGUGUCAGGAAGCUAAAGUAUGAUGGAAACCGAAAUCUUGAGCUAGAUAAUAUCCUUCUGGUAGGAGCUCAAACUGGAAUGUUCAUCUACGGAACUUUCACAAUUAUUGGAGGACAUUUUACAAUAGAGAAGAAUACUAUUCUCAUAUUGAUAACAGCUUUGUCCUCCUUGAUCCAGACUACAUGUCAAACCAUGUUUAUUCUCGAUGCGAGUCGAAGAUCAGCGAAGACAGCCGAACAGUUACGGAAAAAGCCAGGAAGAGAAAUAGUGACGUUCUUAUUGGUGACGAAUUUGGCAAUGUGGGCGAUAAAUACGCUUGAGAAGUCCAGAGCAGAGUCUCAUCCUGUGCAGCUCCAUUUCUAUGGGUUGUGGGCUUGGACGAUCAUCACUCAUGUGUCGAUGCCUCUGGCUAUCUUCUACAGGUUCCACUCGACAGUGUGCCUGUGCGAGAUAUGGAAACGAGCGUACAAGAUGAAGCCUGCUUACAUGUAGCGACCGGCUCGGAGGUACUGGAGCACAGCGCUGUCUUUCAGGGUGUGAACCGUGGUACUUUCGGAAUCAUACAUGUAGACAUGUGGUAGUUGGAUGUUAGUGCCAUAGUCUCAGCUAAUGCAGUGGACACCAGAGCGAAUACAAUAAUAAGAUAUGAGUAACAUGUCCUACCGACCCAUUAGAUGUAGUGGAAGGUUUCAUAUGUUCAGUGUUCAGUGUUUGAACUGAUGUUGAGACGCAGUAUUUCACAAUUAAACGGGUUGGAUUUUAUUGAUUUUAGCGCUUUACAUUUUAGAUGUGAAUUUUUCUGCAAGUUUUUAGUGUUAAAUGUAUUGUUAAUAUAUUGAAUGUGAACCUAUUAAUGGAUAAGUUAUGUGUUCAUAUUUCUUCUUGUUUACUUAGACGUACGUAGGAUCAGUUAGGGAUUAGUUAGUAAGUAUUUGUAGAGAUUGUAUUCAUUCCACAUUCCACUAUAGCAGUUAUAUCUCUCAAUCGCCGAUGCGUAAUGUUUAUGAUGCACUUUGAUUCAAAACGAAAGUCUUCCAUUAGGUUACAUUGUUUUAUACGUUCCUUUUACAAUAUUUUUUGUUUCAGCUACGUAUAUAUAGCGCGUAUUAUUCCAUAGUACAGAGGGAACAAUAAAUUCUAUCGACCUAACGAUAUUUUUUUGAGAAUUUUUGACUUAAAAACAAUACAUGAUAAUAUUUGUUAUGAUAAUAAAGUACUUUUUACUAUGAAAAGCGAAAUAGUCUGAGCAGAUAUUAGAGAUUUUGUAGCGGAUAUUUUUGGGACAAAAGUGUAGUAGUGUCAGUAAUUUUUGAUAAAUUUUUAACUUGUAGCGAUACCUUGGACCCAGUAGUUAGGCAAAAUGUAACACCAAAGUCGUAUGGAUAAGAAAUUUUUGGAGCUUAUUAUGAGAGUAGUCCAGUCGUAGAUACAUUAAAUAUGGUCGCCAUGCAUCACGUUUUCAUUGUCUAUAGUUAUAGACUUAGCAAUUUCGUCCACUACUUAUGAAUAUUUCAAUUUCAUUUCGAAGACAUUAUACAAUGAUUUUGUAUUAACAUUUUAUAUUACUCAGUAGAGUUUGAUAGCAGAUGAGAUGAGUGAAUUAAAGUAUACCUGUGCAAGAUUUUUAUAACAGAUUUUAUUACAAAUUUAUUUAUCUUGCUAAAAAAAAACAAUCUUAUGAAUUUCGCACGCCUGAAGCUGCUACUAAAUAAUUGUUUAUAUUUCUCUAUGAUACUUAUGAAUUCAUAAUAAUAUAUUUUAUAUUUAAAAUCUUGCUCAAAUAUUGUAUGAUUGCGAUUUGACUCAGUGACCAAAAUCAUUGAGUGUAUAUAACACAAUAUAUCUCAAAAUCAAAUUUUAUUUUUGUUUCAGUGAUGCCUUCUUCAAUAUUCUCUAUCUAAUUGUACAAGAUCAUUCUCAAUUUAUAUUUAAAUUUAUUUAAAAAUCUUGAACACUGGCUUUAUAAUUUUAAUCCUACCUAGAAGUUACGAUUCCUGUAUAAUACCACUUUAAUAUAUUGAAAAUUAUAUACUACUGUUUUAUACGAUAAAAUGAAUUUUUCAAACGUUACAACUCAUUCUCAUUAUAUAAUGCUUUGCAUAAUAAUUAUAAUUGUAGUUUCUGGAGUUUUAUAGAAAGCAAAUAAUUUUGAACCUUUUAUAUAUUAGUGUUAGAGUCCUUUAUACUUUUUAUAUAAUAUUAUAUUACGGUAAACCUAGUUGAAUGUACUAGGCGUGUAUAGUAAGUACAUUGAAUACUCAAUAUGAAAUUUUAGCUUUAAAUUAUAAUGUGAAAUACCAAAUUUAUACCUUAUUGUAGAAUAGGAGUGAAUGCGAUACGUUGUACCUUUUUUAUUGAAGACAGAAUGUCAUUUUGUUUGGUAUAAAGUAAAUUAAAACUGCAUCAUUAUAUGACUCAAGUUGAUUGCUUACAUGGAAUUAUGAAAUAGAUCUUGAAGUUACAAACUCAUUUGUACUAGUUAUUUACAAAGAAAAUUAAUAUUAGAUACAUAAAAACUCGUAAUAUAUAAUAUCUAUAUAGUUCUUAGAUAUAUAAAAAUAAAUGAUGGACAUACUACAAUCAUACGUAGAUAACAAAAUACUCAUUUAAGUCUUUGAAAUUCGAAUAGCGGAAUUGCGUAACUUUUUAAUUGUGACGUUAUUCUCAAUACAGGGUGUAAACGGAACUAAUAGUUUUUAAAAUUCAAAUCGUUGUUGUUUAAAUGUUAUUCAUACAACGUUAGCCUUGAGCGGUUAAUUACAGCCAUUAUUACAUAAAGGAAAAAUUUAAUUCCUUACUUUCAAUGAAAAUAAAACUGGUUUUUGACCAUAAUCUGUCGGCGUUUUUCGGGAGCGUUCCGUUUACACCCUGUAUAGCUAACCUUCUUUUUAAUAUAAAAUUUUGUACCAUACUGAAAUUUUCUCGUGUGUCACAGUUUCUUUAAAAAGCAAUUAUACGUCACAUCCAGACAUACACAUGAAGAUCUGUUUGUGUGAGAAUAGAUUCUUUGAAAACUUUCAUAUAUUUAUAUUCUAAUAGCAGCUAUUGUCACCAAUAUAUAAAGUUCCUUGUACCUAUUUGUUUUCUUACACUUCUCACAGUUUAAACUUUUCACUGGAAUGUAUAUAAAAUGUAAUGUAACUAUAGAUUAAGAUAUAUAAAUGUUUUAAUUUAUACUUAGGAUAGUCUCCUUUGUACCCAUUAUACCAAAUAUUCGUUACAUUAUCUUUCAUUUUUAGUUAGUUACUGGCAUUUUGUUUAUUUUUUGUAAAUUAGGGAUAACUUUGACAUUGUUUUUGAAGAUUUACGUGCCUAAAUGAGAGUUUUUUUUUGGUUUAUGGCUUGUCUAAAGAUCAAUUAGAUUGUUGGUAGCAAAAUCUUCUCUAAUGCACUGAGUUUGCAAUUUAUGAUUGACUCCUGUUACCAAAUAUCAUCAUUCAUAGGAAAAGAAGAGUAUUUUCUUCUUAAAAAAAUAAUGCCAGGUUUUAACAUGUAAUACCUACUUAUUUAUUAGCUUCAAUAUGUUGUGAGAAUCUAAGUUAUCCAUAAUUUGCAAGGACGAGUUAUAAAGUAAUGCCUUUGUAUAAAUAAAUAGUGAUACUAGAAUAUUGUUUUUGAUUAUAUAUUUGUGAGCUAUUUAUUUGUUUAGGAGCGACUGUGAAUAGAGGUUUAGCGGUAAGAUUGUCUCCUUGGAUGUUUAACGUUUACAAACAAAUAAAAACUUUCUUGAAAUUAUCCUGGAA